CGGCGGAGGUAGGACGUGUAAGUGGGGUCGCUCCGCUCCUUUCCCUCGUCACUUUCCACGCCCCGGACGGAUAUUAUUAACCUAAAAACAUGAAUCUCGGUCGUACUUUGAGAUAAAACAACACGGCUGAUCGAGGGAGGACUCAUUCCUCUCCAUUUUUCCGCUGGGAUCUUGUAUAAGUAAACUCCAAAAGUCGGCAACUUUAAAAAGAAAAAAAAAAGUCCCUGGAAGAUUUUUAUUUUUAUUUUUAUUUUCGAAAAGUAUAAAUCUCCAAGCUGCCUCCCUUUAGCAAGAUAGAUGGAAGGGAUCCGCGACGUCCACUUCAACGACCUGUGGUGCCAGUGCCAGGGAAACGCCAACGCCACGCCCCACGCCAUCCUGGUGCAGCAGCAGAUGACGCGGAUGCACGCGGACGCUCAGAAGCACGCCCUGUGGUACGUCUGCGUCGUGCUCUCCGUGUACGUCCUCGGCCUCGUCGUCAUCAUCCGCCGUUCCGGACUGCACGAGCGGCACACGGCCCUCUCCGCCCUCAGCCUAUGCUUCUCCUGCUUCGCCUCCAUCAGUAGGAGUAGCCUUGGUGGAGGUGGGGGAGGAGGAGGAGGAGGAGGCGGCGUGGGAAGUGGGGGAGGGGGAGCAGGAGGAGUAGGGUGUAUGGGCAGGACAGGCAACAGCAACAGCAACAGUGGAAGGGUGAAUCACCAGCCGAAGAAGACCCAAAAGGACAACAGCUCCUCCUCCAGCAGCGACAAUAGGAGCUCUACGCCGAAACGGCCCCGUCAGCAGAAGCAGAGGGAAGCCGCCGAGUCCCUCCAGCUGCAGCUGAUGGUCCCCGAGGAGGAAGAGGACGAGGAAGACGAGGGCGGAGAGCAGCUGCUGCUGCGGCAGCAGCAGCAUUUGGGAGCCAUGGACGGCAGGCCCACCGUCACGACCGUGGCCUAGCAUCGAGUUGCCGGCAAUGACGUCUGCAUUGACCUCUCCAAAGGCCUCGAUGGGUCAUAUCCUCCUUCGGCAGGAACGCCUGACGAGAUCGCCGACGAAGGGAAUCCAUCCGUACCACCAAGCGUCGGUGGGAAUAAUCUUCCCGUAAAUCGGAAUUCCGAGUUCACCUCCGAGAUGGAUAAAUAUGUGAACUGCCAUUCAGUUUCCAUUCUGAUGGAAGACGACGCACUUCCGGCAAGUGAUGACCCUUUGAAGAGGAAUAUCUUCUUGGUUCCAAAUGGCUUCGAGAACGGUGGCCAUCUUGGUUUUACCGAGAACAUCAUUGACUCGAGGAAAAGUCAGCCGUGUAUUUUGACGAGUGGAGAGAAUAGUUAUUCACACUUUAAAGACAAUAUCCAUCAUAGUAUUGCCACUACUGGGUAAAACAUUAACGGAACAUAUCUGUGUUUAAAUUGUAGGCAAUUUGACCUUUUUUUUGAGAGAAUUAGGAACUGAACAAGGGUAAAGUGUACAUUGACGAGUCAUAUAUGUAUUGUUAUUCACACUUCAAAGACAAUAUCUAUGACAGUAAUGCCACUACUGGGUAAAACUUUAACGGAACAUAUCUGUGUUAAAUGUAGGCAAUUUGACCUUUUAUGUGGAGGGGGGGG